AUGCAACUGAAUAUACCUUGCUACUCUGCCGUGGAGCCUCUACAAGACCGUGAGGAUCGUGACGCUGCUCUCGUUCGUAUCACCUCCCUAACUAAACAAUUAUCUCACACUAGCCAGGCAACCUCACGCCUCGUUGGUGAGGCACUCACUUGCCUUUCCAGUCUGGUUGCGAAGGGCCCCAAUGACACUGGCUCUAUUGAUAUUGCAACUACUUUGAAGCGCAACCAGCAUUAUCAGCACAAUUUAUCUGGUUCUUCUUUCCUUAAUCUCACUGGAGGGGGCAACAAUAAUAUCCAAUUUUCACCCAGCAGUGUAAAUGCGGACUUUACUCCACUGGCUGGCUGUCUGUGCGAGGCCCGUGCCGUAGCGCUUGACUCUGCUGGUCUGGCGCGCCGCCUCUGGGCAACUCGGCAAGCAGUUGCUCUAUAUGAUGCUGGCCAGACGAGAGGAGACAAUCGACAACGGUUGCCGAGUCCGCAAGGUGCCGGGUCAAGUGGAGAUGGAGGACGUAAAAGGCGUACAGCUCCCAAUCAUUGGGAUCAAGAUGAAGAGAGGCUUUUUGGUAGGAUUGACUGA